AUGGCCGACCCAAACCUUUUCGUUAAGGCAAUGGCAUUUACCAAAACCGCCCAUCGAGAUAUCUACCCCGCUGUUCAGCCCACCCGGCCAGAACUAUCCCAGAGUGGAAAGGUGAUUGUAAUCACCGGCGCGACCCGUGGACUGGGAAGGGGCUUCGCACUCGCAUUCGCCCAGGCGCGCGCACGUGCCAUUGCGCUCCUCGGACGCUCUGCCGAGGCGCUGGCCGAGACAGAGAAGCAGGUCAAGGGGAUCAGUCCCGCGACGCGAGUUGUCCGUAUCAUUGUCGAUGUCCUCGACGAGGCCGGGAUUGGGGCUGCGUUUGAGGAGAUUGUUGCGCAGGUCGGCACGCCUGAUGUCCUUAUUAACAAUGCGGGUUACUGUAAACUGGAGACGAUUGCUGAGUCCAGUGUUGGGUCGUUUUGGAAGGUCCAGGAAGUAAACGUCAAAGGCCUCCUCAUCGUCACAAAAGCAUUUCUCAAGUCCAUCGAAUCAGACAAAACGCAACCCGAGCACCACCAGCAGCGGACAAUCCUAAACCUCACCUCGGUCUCCACGCAAAACACCCCCGUGACAAUGGACUCCUACACAAUCAGCAAAGUCGCGCUGAACAAAUUCACCGAGUUCCUCGCCGCCGAGCACCCGUCCAUCACGGCCAUAAAUCUCGACCCUGGAAUGGUUGGUACAGAUAUGGGGAGCAGCGUUGAGCUUAUUGCGCCGUUUUUGCAUGACACCGUGGAGCUUGCGGCCGCGGGCGCGGUGUGGAUGUGCAGUGGCGAUAAGAGCUUCCUUUCGGGGAGGUAUGUUUCUGUCAACUGGGAUGUGGAUCAGCUCGAGGCGAAGAGGGAAGACAUAGUUAGGAACAAUUUGCUGGUUGGGCCCGGGAUCAGGAGGGGAAAUGCUCCGACUGGCGAGGAGUUGGUUAUUCAGCCUUGA